AUGGCCGUUGGAGUAUCCUCGCUGCAUCACCCUCGAGGCUUCAUUGUACCUCCAAAGCCAAAGCAAAAGGUUGUCCGCAAGAUACGAUCAUCACCGUCGUUGCGACAUGAGUUAGCUUUGUCGGAUGAAUCAGCCCCAGAAGACUCGAUAUAUAAUGCCGAACCCGUCCAUUCGCGUGAAAAUCUACCCCGGACAGCAGCGAUAAACCCGGCCGAUGCACAAGAUCUUCCUAGUUCCCUGGGCCUGGCUUCCUCUUCUCGGAUCCCUCUCAGUAGGCAUUCCACGUCGCACAGCAACUGGCCAACACCGCAGCUCAACCCGAUAAUAGAACACAAGUCGUCGCUCAAUUCAGUUCCUCCUGACAAGUCCACUCCGGCUCGCGACAGCUUGCAGCCUUCCGUCAAGGUCUACCGGCGUCGCUCUUUUUCGGUCAACGACCUGGGCUGCGUCCUGAGACAGGACAUCAUACAACGCAAUUCUACAAAUUCCACUUCCUCGGAAGAAAGCAUACAUAGAGGUGGCUGGUGUCCUUCGUUCCCCAUUAAACCUCCAGUCUCACCACCAGCCAGGGUUUCAACACCGCCAGGAUUGCCACAAUUCGGCACCGAGCAGGCGAUGUUCCUGCGGCUGGUGCAGCAGCAGCCGACGAACAGACUCUCAUUCUGGAAUCGCUUUUGGAGACGUUCUUCGGACAGCAACGAUGAGCAAGCUGUAGGGAGCCCCAAUUAUGAAGGUUCUCCAAGGAUAGCAGCACAGAGGCCAUCAAGCGGUGGUCCUUCCAACUCGGUCGAGCUCUUUGAGCGCACUUUGGCUGCAAUAGGUAUGGCCACCGUUGUGGAACUUCCGAGUGCAGCAUUGUCGAACUCUCGGGCAUCUCUGCCGCGUGGAGUCUACAAGGCCAAUAUCCCUGGAGCGCUCGCUCGAGCUAAUGACGGUACAUUGGUGAGAGGGAGAUUUGGCCCUCGCGCCAGCGGCCAUGAUAUCGGUUCCCGUAAUCUCGAGUCGCACCCUCUGGGUCGGUUAAGAGAAUCGAGCGCGAUUCAGGAGGCCAUGAGGGAGAUAGACAAGGCCUGCGAGAGGACCAACCUUGAAAACGCCAUUCUUCAAAGUCGCUCUGAAGUAUCACCUGCGUCCGAGGAGUGA